GUAAUCUGUGCGCCGUGAAAUGCCGCCGUUUUAAAACCGGCAUUUAAUUUCGUUUCUGUGUGCAACAAAGAGAAUUUAAUCACUACGGGUGUGCAAUUCAAUAAUAAUAAUUGAAAAGAGAAAAUCCUUUUCUCAUUAUAUGAUCCUACAAAAAUGGCCGGCAUAAAAUCUUUAGCCGUAAGGGGCAUUCGUAGCUUCGGUCCCGACGAAUGCGACGAGCAACGAAUUGCAUUCGAAAAGCCUUUGACUCUGAUCCUCGGGCAGAAUGGAUGUGGUAAAACAACAAUUAUUGAGUGUUUGCGGUAUGCUAUUACUGGUCAAAUGCCACCUGGGAGCCGCAACGAGUGUUUCGUCCAUGACGCUAAAGUCAAUAGAUCUACCGAAGUGCUUGGACAAGUAAAAGUAAAGAUCGUCAAUGCUAAAGAUAAACAACUGGAAGUCUCAAGGUCCAUGAAAGUGACCGCUUAUCAGAAUAAGAAGACAAAAUUUCAAACUUUAGAUUCAUUUCUGUCUGUAGUCGACGAGAAGGGUAAAACAAAAGAUAUCUCGUCCAGAUGUGCUGAUUUAGAUUUCGUUAUGCACGAGGAAUUAGGUGUAUCCAAAGCCAUUUUGAACUCGGUAAUAUUUUGUCAUCAAGAGGACUCGAGCUGGCCCCUGGAUGAAGGAAAGAAGGUGAAGGAGAGAUUUGAUGAAAUCUUCGAUGCUGAUAAAUACAGUGAUUGCUUUGAUAAGUUAAGGAAAAUUAGGAAAGAAUACGCUACCACUCUCAAGUUAUUAGACCAAGAGGUAGCAUUUUUAACUGAAAAGAAACAAGAUUUAGACAAGAAGAAACUGGAUAUUGUAAAUACGGAAACAAGUAUAUCGGAGGCUGAACUCAAAAUUGCUGAGCUUGCUAAAGAAUUGAAGCCUGUCACUGAGCAGUUGACUGCUAUUGAGACACUACAAAAGGAAUUGGUAUCGUUUGAAUCAAAGAAGGAAAGAAUUAAAAACAAGUUGGAGCACAAUGAGACCCAAAAGCAAGAAUUGGAGAAGGCUAUUCAAACUGUAUUCGAAGGAACCACAGCUGAGUUGCAAGAGCAAAUAACUAAUUAUGGAGCAACAAACAAGAGCAAAGAUGAUGAAAUCAAGGACUCAUACAAAAAAAUUUUCAAAUUCAACAAGGAGGAGGAGACAAUAGCCAAUGAGAAGACAGCAAAUGAAGUAAAGUUCAACAAGUAUGUUCUACUUGAGAGUCAAAAUCAAGAGAAGAUUGACAGGAAGAACAAAAUGAUUGUGGAAACUGCCAAACUUGCUGACAUGGAGUUGACUGUACCAGAAACAGAGGAAGAGGCAGCCAAAGGUGUGACGGAAAUAACAAACAAAAUCAAAGAGCUCCAAGACAAACUGAAGGAACAAAAAGCCGCAGCAGAUGAGGAGGAGAAAAAACUGCAGAAGAUAAUCGAUGAAAGCCGGGAUACACUUUCUCGCCAUAAACAAAAAAUAUCCAGCAAAGAGUCAGAGAUUCAGACAGUGAAGAAGGAAAUCACAAAGACUGAAAAACAAAUUAAUGAAGCUAACAAGUCAAAGGAGAGAUUGGAAGUUUGGGAACAGAAAAUUAAGACUGCAGAAGAGGAAUAUGAGCAGCUUGAAAAAGAAGUGAAUGUAGAAGAAUGCCAGAAUGAGAUCAAUACUGAUGAAAAGACUAUGGAAACCAACGAACAGGAGCUUGAGGAGUUAACUACCAAGAUCACAAAACUUCAAAAGCAAAGCACCAAAUUGAAGGAAAAGGAUAUGAUUGAAGAAUCUUUGAAGCAAAAGGAAAAACAGCUUAUGGUGUUGACUAAUAAACACAAGGAGAACUUAACCAAACUGCUGGGAAAUAUGCCGGAGAGUAACUUCGCCCUGUCAGUGAACAAAGUGGAAGUCGAAGUGCGAAAAGAAGUGGAUUCUCUGAAUAAGAAGAUUGCUCAGAAGCAAAAAGAGAUAACCCGUCUGGAGGCGGACCGCAAGCACACUCGUACGCAGCUGAACGCGCGCCGGGCGGAGCUCACCGCGGCCGAAGAUAAGAUGUAUAAGGCGUGCGGGACGCAGCCCUACGACGCCACACUCGCCAAACUCACCGCUACUGUUGAUAAGCUGCAGGAUGAGCAAAACAUACUCCAAUCGUCUAUGUUCAUCAUAGCCAAAUACAAGGGACAGCUGAAAGACAACAACUGCUGCCCACUCUGCAACAGAGGAUUCGAAUCUGAAAAUGAGGUGACAGAUUUGAUUUCCCAACUGACCACACAAGUAAUGAAUGUGCCAGGCAAGUUAGAAAAAGUUACAGAGGAACUACAAAAAUCCUCAGCCAAGAAGGAUGAUUUGAUAGGUAUGAGAUCUUUGAACGAGAAAAUAACGGCCCUGAAAGAGAAAGAUAUACCGGAGUUGGAGAAGAAAUUGGAAGAGGUUGAUAAGGAGAUAGCAACACUGACGGAGUCGUCAGAGGAAAUGUCGAUGCUGCUCACAGAGCCUGAACAAAAGCUACAGACGGCCAGGCAGCUGCAGGGAGAGAUGCCCCUUAUGGAUAAAUACACCAAUGAAGUCAAAACUACUACCAAGGAUUUCGAAGCGAUCAAAGAACAGUGCGCAGACUUCGAUACCACCAUGAACUUAGACGACGCGACAGCUAAGCAGAAGGAGCUGAGGCAAGCGAUAACCGCACUACGGGCCAAGAUUAAGUCUACACAGACUAAAAUCAACGCUCACAACAAGAAGUUGCAAAAAGCCAGCGAGAAGAAAAAUAAACUGAAGGAGGAACUUUUGAAUAUUCAGAAGAAGGUACAAGAACUAGUCAACUUGCAAGAAACUCAUAAGCAGUUGGAAGCCAACAGGGACAAGUUUAUGCAAGAAUUGAAUGAACUGACUGAAGGAAUCCCUCCACUUGAAGAGGAACUAAAAGCAAAGAGUGCUGUUAAAACUGAGGCAGUUAAGAAACAUAGAGCCGAGAUAGAAACAAAUAACAGCUAUAUCGCAAAAAUAGUAAGCUCCUUCGAUAAAGUAAAGACAAUAGAAGCAGAAAUAAAACAGCACAAGGAGAGGAAUGUUCAGAAGGAAAUGGACAAAAUUAAAGAGGCCAACGAGAAACUUCUCGACAAGCAUAAACAGAUUGUGACUGACCGUAACAGCUUGACAAAGAGGUUGGAUACGCUCAAGGAUGAACUGGCGAAACAGGAGAUUUACAAAAGGAAUUUGGAAGACAACCUAAAAUUACGUAAAGCUCAGAAUGAGAUAGAGAGCUGCCAGAAAGAGUUGGAAACUAUUAAUGAGAAGCUGAGCGGUAUGAACUUGGACAGUAUUAAAGAGAAGGAACCUCUAAUUAAAAAACAGACUGAACUGUUUAGGGAAAAAGCCAAAACAGAAGGAGAACUUGGAGGUCUAAAGAAAACAUUGGCCGCAAAUAGGUUGGAAUUAAAAAAGACUCAAAACAAAGAUGUGGAAGCAAAGUACAGGGAGAAAUUCUACGAGUUGCAUGUACUAAAAGCCAUCGACAAGGAUGUAAGGGAAUACUCUAUGGCUUUGGAGAAGUGUCUUAUGGAGUUCCAUAGGGAAAAGAUGGAAAAUAUCAAUCUAAUUAUACGUGAAAUGUGGAGAAAAAUAUACCGAGGAAACGAUAUAGACUAUAUUGAAAUUAAAAAUGAGUGCACCAUGACUGCUGAGUCGGACCGACGCAAAUAUGAUUAUAGGGUAGUGCAGUGCAAGAACGGUGUAGAGAUCGACAUGCGCGGUCGCUGCAGCGCGGGACAGAAGGUGCUGGCCUGCCUCAUCAUACGGCUCGCGCUAGCAGAGACAUUCAGCUCGAGAUUCGGUAUUCUGGCGUUGGAUGAGCCGACGACUAAUCUGGAUCAGGAUAACGUGAAGAGUCUGUGUUCAGCUCUAGGGGAGAUAGUACAGGAGAGAAUGACACAGAGGAACUUCAUGUUUAUCAUCAUCACUCACGACAAAGAAUUCAUAGAGUCCCUGGGUAACAUUGAUAAGGUGACGCACUACUAUGAGGUGUCGAGGAACGAGGAGGGCAAAUCGCGAGUGAAGAAAAUAAGAUUUGUCUAGUAUUUUGUACGAAGGUCACAUUCUAAAAGACGGAACGCGUAGGAACUUUGCCGUAAAACAAACGCUAUUAGGAACUUCGAUAUUGGAAUGCGACCUUUUUGAAUAAUUUUAUUUGAUUCUUAGGCUUCAGUCUCGCAAUCAGCGGGCAGCGGGGCGGGAGCGGUGGCGGCGGCGCGUAACGUAUUUUAUAUGCAAAGCCUUUUAAUACGCAGCUCGGCGAGCGACUCGCGGCUGUUUUCGAGGCUUGUCCAUAUAAAUCUACACAUUGGAACGCGACGCCGCCGCUCACACCCCGCUACCCGCUGGUUUCGAGACUGAAGCCUUACUGUC